CAGAAUCUGUCAACUAGUUUGACGAAUAUGAAAUUUAGAUUGAUUUUCAUUUUCAAUAAAUAAAAUUUAUCGAGACUUGAUAAAAAAUUACAACUUUACAAAUUUUUGCAACGUUCCAUCCAAUUUUAGUCUAUUAUUUUUUAUUUGCUAAUACACGAACAACGCACGCGCAGAACACCCAUCGCCCAAAAAUCUCCGAGCGCCAUAUUGAGAGGCAGACGUUGUAUGACUUGAGUGAUUAAUCGUGGUUAGUGCAAUAAUUUGAAGUGGAUUAUUUGAUCGUGCCCUAUGGAUAUACUCUCGGGAGUGGUGUGCCUCGGUUGAAAGGCCUGCCGGAAGGAAAAGGCUCCACACAAGAGGAAGAAGGACUGCGGCACUCCGCUCUUGGGCAUCAUGGAGUGCUGCAUGUCGGAGGAGGCGAAGGAGCAAAAACGAAUAAAUCAAGAAAUCGAGAGGCAGUUGCGAAAGGACAAACGAGAUGCUCGUCGCGAACUCAAAUUGCUUCUGCUUGGUACUGGAGAGUCAGGCAAGUCGACGUUCAUCAAGCAGAUGAGAAUUAUCCAUGGCUCCGGCUACAGCGACGAUGAUAAAAGGGGAUUUAUCAAACUCGUCUACCAAAAUAUAUUCAUGGCAAUGCAGAGUAUGAUACGCGCUAUGGAACUACUAUCUAUACAAUAUGGAAAUCCGUCCAACUCAGAAAAGGCGGAGUUGAUAUCAUUGAUCGACUUUGAGAGUGUGACAACGUUUGAGAGUCCCUACGUCGAAGCCAUCAAGGCUUUGUGGGCUGAUGCCGGCAUCCAGGAGUGUUAUGAUCGUAGGCGAGAAUAUCAGCUUACCGACUCCGCCAAAUACUACUUGCAGGAGAUUGACCGCGUGGCGGCACCAAAUUACUUACCAACCGAACAAGACAUACUGCGCGUAAGAGUCCCAACAACGGGCAUUAUAGAAUACCCAUUUGACCUGGAAGAAAUACGAUUUAGCUAUUUAAGUGACUUGGCAAGAAUCGAAAAAGACGAUUACCUCCCGACCGAGCAGGAUAUCCUGCGGGCGCGUCAGCCGACCACCGGCAUCCUUGAGUAUCCUUUCGAUCUUGACGGAAUCGUGUUUAGAAUGGUCGACGUCGGCGGACAAAGAUCCGAGCGAAGGAAGUGGAUUCAUUGUUUCGAAAAUGUGACCUCAAUCAUAUUCUUAGUAGCUCUUAGUGAAUAUGAUCAAAUUCUGUUCGAAUCGGAAAACGAGAAUCGAAUGGAGGAGUCUAAGGCACUGUUCAAGACGAUUAUCACGUAUCCAUGGUUCCAGCAUUCAUCUGUAAUUCUCUUCCUGAACAAGAAGGAUUUGCUUGAAGAGAAGAUCAUGUAUUCGCAUCUCGUCGACUACUUCCCCGAAUACGACGGUCCGCAACGCGACGCCAACACUGCGCGUGAGUUCAUACUGCGAAUGUUCGUGGAUCUCAACCCGGACGCUGAGAAGAUCAUCUACUCACACUUUACGUGCGCGACAGACACUGAAAACAUCCGGUUCGUGUUCGCUGCGGUCAAAGAUACAAUCCUACAAUCCAACUUGAAGGAGUACAACCUCGUCUAAGCGAAACCAACAAGGUCCCUGACACAAAUCUGUGAUUGUGUAAAACACAUAAUUUAAACAUCAUCACUCGACGUCAGAAUGUGUAUGUAAAUUCGCGAACUGAGAUCGGAUGGACGAACUAAUUUCAACUUAAAAUGUUUAAUGAGAAAAUAAGGAUAGAUUGUAAGUCAUUUAACCCAAAAAAUAGAGUCGGGAGUGCGGCGUCGAGAGCCCUUGCGACCGCACUCCCUUCGACAACAUUCGUUCUCGAUCCGUACGGAUCGUUUCACGACGCGUCAGGUUUUUUGACAUGUUUUUUUAUGAUGAAGUUAUUCACAAUUUAUGUAUGUGUCUGUAUUGGUGAAUAUUAAAUUGUGCAUUUUAAAAGUUAUGGUGAGUCUUGGCCUUACCAUGAGCUGCUUUUAGUCAUUGUUUUAGGGUUUUUUUUUUUUGUAAAGUUUGUUGCCAUAAUAUCUUUCUACAUUAGUAUACAUUUUAUUAUGUCCAGACGGAUGGAUUUGAACAAACUAGUCCAAUGAAACGCGUGUUUAGUAUCAUCCUCGUGGGUCGAGACAGGACUUCCUAUUAAGGUAUUGAUCGGGAUGCUUCUGUUAUUAUUACGUAUUUAUUUUAGCUAUGGUAAGUUGUCUGGUAUAGCUGCGAUCGACCCAGAGUAGCGCGUGUCGGGCGUUCGCCUUGCCGGCACUCUCUCUACCUACCGAUUAAAUUCACUAGAGGUAAUUAUAAAUCGGUACCCUAUUUUCUGUUAAAUUGAAAGAUUAUAACUUUAUAACUGUAUUUAAUAUUUCGUUACUUUUGUACAUUGGAUUUUUUGUUACUUGAAUAUAUGUUAAUAUUUAAGCUGUUUAUAUUUAAAUAUGGUGUUUUUCUACACGAAUUGACUUCACGCAAAAUGUUUUAUGUUAACUGUAGGCUUUGUGUACGCUGUGGUCUGGUGUAUUGGUUUCUUCCUAACGUUAUCCAUGUACAAUGUUCAUUAAUAAAACAUAAAUAAUGAAAAUAUAGGAAGUUACUAUGUUAGUUGUUUAAGGAAUUUUUGAUGCAUUUGAUAUAAACUUUUUUUACUAGAGAAACCCUCGGAAUAAAUCAAAGCGAAACGUGGAUUGUAAAAACCGAAACCGAAGUUUUUUGCACGAACGCUUUUACCAGUAUGUAAUAUAUUGUACAUUUGGUCUAAAUGAGCUGAGUGAAUUGAGCUGACAGUUCAGUGCCAAGUUUUGCUAUUGGCAUACUUUUUUAUCGUAACGUGAAGCACAAAGUAUAUACCUACAUUUUAUAAUUGUUUUCCAUAUUUUAGAAUAUUUUAUUGUACCAUGCUUAAUUAAGAGUGUUGCUUCGUGUUAUUAUUUAGUUUUAUUAAUGUAUAAGAAACCAAGUUUCGUUUUAAAGAUAUAUAAUUAUUUGUAUUAUUUGUUGUUGUGUCUUAAUUUCUCUUCUAUUUCGACUUUCUACUCUUAUCUAUGGACCGCUAAGCACAAGUGACACUGUCAAUAGCAAAACUCCAUGCUUUAAUUAAUAUACAGCUGUCUGAUGCUCAAAGUAAUGUGACGUUGUUGAAACAUAGCGCACAAUAUUGGAAAUUUCUAUUUGAUGUUACCCACUGAUGUGCAAUCUGUGUAUGCCGUGUACAUAGAAACUGUAUUUGUUUUGUGCAUUUGUACAGCAAUAGUGUGAGUUAAUUUGACGGGACGCGGUUCUGUGCACCCCGUGCAGGCAGUGCAGGCAGGCACGAGUGAGCCAACUGUCAUGUACUGUACACGACUACUUCCAUGCCGUACCAAGUUGUCGCUACUCCGCGCUCCACCGACGCUCGUCUUCGUAUAAAUACGUUUUAUACGUUCGGAUGUAACAUUUACAAUAAUAGAUACAACAGUAUUCUAUUACUGGUUCACAUUGACAUUCAAUGCAUGAGCUUGAAUUUAUAUUUAUUUGCAGUAGUCUCAAAACGAAACAAAGCACAAUGAAAUUAUACAUUGGUGAUUAGUUCGAUACAAGACGAGCGUCGAGCGGUCGUGACCGGUGUCGUCCGACUUUAAGUGCCGACAAUUCGUAUCUUCCUUACGAAUGGACUGAAUAUCGUGUACUGGUGUGUGGUUCUUACUUAUUUGUUUCUACGGUUGGGCUACACAAAUAUUGCUAAAACUAUAUUAUAGUCUAACGUUGCUUUACCUUUUGCGUGAGAUUGUGAGAAUUUUAGCUUAAGUUCCGACUGAAGAUGGAUGCCUGAAUGAAAUAUUGUAAAUUAUAAUUUCUCAUAAAAUAUAAUUUUUUUCAGCUAAA